AUGGAUUUAUCUCGCGUAAUACCACCAUUUAGAUGCAACGACGUUGAGAAAACAAAGCUGCACAAAGAAUGGGAGGUAUGGAAAAGGUCACUGGAGUAUUAUUUCGAAGCGGAGGACAUAAUCGAUCAGAAGAAGAAACGAGCAAAACUCUUGCAUCUUGGAGGGCCACAACUGCAAGCAUUAUUUCAGUCCUUGCCAGAUAGUGAAAAGUUUGCUAGCGUGGCAAUAGAGAGGCAAUAUUACGACGUGGCAGUUCAAGCGUUCGAUGAGUUUUUCCGACCAGGACGCCAGGAUGUUUUAGAGCGCCAUCAUCUGCGACGCAUGAAACAACGGGAAGGGGAACGAUUUGCGGAAUUUGUAAUUAGAAUCAGACAGCAGAUAAGUGAAUGCGGCGUAGAGAAAUAUGGACCAGAGGUGCGCAAAGUGCUCACUACUAUUAUGCUGACGGAUACCAUCGUGGAAGGAUGUUUAUCGGAGGAACUCCGAAAACAAAUCCUGCAGAGAGACCGAUCGAUUGAGGAGAUUGAAGAGAUAGGGAAGUCAUUGGAAGGAGUGCAAAAACAAAUGAGAGAUUUUGGAGCGACACGUGAGGAGGCUAAGUUCGGCGAUCGUGUGUUUGGAGUAAGGUCUAAGUAUAAGCGAUCCCCUCAUGCGUUGCCAGAUACACACACUUUUUCGCGGACCAAGAAACCGGAAUUCAGCCGGGAUGCCAGAUGCUUCAAGUGCGGAUUUUUUGGUCACAUUUCAACUGAUUCCAAGUGUCCAGCAAGAGGCAAAGUGUGCAAGCGUUGUAAAAGAACAGGCCAUUUUGAAAUCCGGUGUCGUCAACAGAACAAUAACUCAUAUGCUUGGAAAGAUUCUUCUUUGGAUUCGAAGAAAGUUCGGAUAGUACAAAGAUCUAUAGAAGGUGAUGAUAAUGCACGAGAAUCAAAUGCAAUAGCAGACCCAGAACAACAUUCGUAUACUGAACAGAAAACCUUUUAUGCGUUCUAUUUCGGGAAUGAUUCAAACGUCAUACGAUGCAGGGUUGGAAAUGUAGAACAUCCAAUGCUAGUAGACUCUGGGGCAGAAGCAAAUCUUAUUACAGAGGAAGCAUGGAAAAAACUAAAAUUAGCAGGAAUCCAAGUAAAAAGUUGUGAGAAAGGCAGUAACCGUAUUCUGAAAAGCUAUGCGAAUAAUAUUCCAUUGACCUUGCUCGGAACAUUUACAGCGGAAGUUCGUGUCGGAUCAAAGAAAGUAAAUGCUGAGUUUUUCGUUGUCGAAGGUGGGCAGCGUUCACUUUUGGGGGAUAAACAGCAAAAGAGCUGGGAGUCUUGA